AUGGUAAUAGAAGAGGAGGUGGAUUUGGAGGUUAUGGUAAUGGUAGAGAAGCCGGAGUUGGAAGUGCCUACAGUCACAAUGGGAGCUUCGGAGUUAGUCUUGGACAAACCCCAGUUGGAAGUGGCGGUUCCGGUUCGUGGCGACGUAGCUGUGUUAGAAUCCUCUGAUAGAAUUAAAAGGUCUCCUUUUAUCCCUCGCGCUCAGCCUCGGUCCCGCUCUCGGAGGCCGAGCAGAUCAAGGCCCUCCUAUGGCCGGUCUCGUCGUCCAUCAAAAGGACAACGAAGACCUCAGAAAUCUCGACCUAGUAAAGGACACCGUCGUCCUCGCCCGAGCAAAGGACGCCCUCGGCCAUCUUAUGGACCUCCUCCUAAGGCCCCUAGCCCAUCCUAUGGAGCUCCCCCAAAGGCCCCUAGCCCAUCCUAUGGAGCGCCCCCAAAGGCCCCUAGCCCAUCCUAUGGAGCUCCUCCAAAGGCCCCUAGCCCAUCCUAUGGAGCUCCCCCAAAGGCCCCUAGCCCAUCCUAUGGAGCGCCCCCAAAGGCCCCUAGCCCAUCCUAUGGAGCUCCUCCAAAGGCCCCUAGCCCAUCCUAUGGAGCUCCCCCAAAGGCCCCUAGCCCAUCCUAUGGAGCGCCUCCAAAGGCUCCAAGUCCUUCUUAUGGGGCCCCUCCUAAGGCGCCUAGUGCAUCCUAUGGAGCUCCUCCCAAGGCUCCCAGUCCUUCCUACGGUGCUCCACCCAAGGCUCCUAGCCCAUCCUAUGGAGCUCCUCCUAAGGCUCCAAGCCCAUCCUAUGGAGCUCCUCCUAAGGCUCCUAGCCCAUCCUACGGAGCUCCUCCAAAGGCUCCUAGCCCAUCCUACGGAGCUCCUCCAAAGGCUCCUAGCCCAUCCUAUGGAGCUCCUCCUAAGGCUCCUAGCCCAUCCUACGGAGCUCCUCCUAAGGCCCCUAGCCCAUCCUAUGGAGCUCCUCCUAAGGCCCCUAGCCCAUCCUAUGGAGCGCCUCCAAAGGCUCCCAGUCCUUCUUAUGGAGCCCCUCCGAAAGCACCUAGCCCAUCCUAUGGAGCUCCCCCUAAGGCCCCUAGCCCAUCCUACGGAGCUCCUCCCAAGGCCCCUAGCCCAUCCUAUGGAGCUCCUCCAAAGGCUCCCAGUCCUUCUUAUGGAGCCCCUCCAAAAGCUCCUAGCCCAUCCUACGGAGCUCCUUCUAAGGCCCCAAGUCCUUCUUAUGGAGCUCCUCCGAAGGCUCCCAGUUCUUCCUAUGGCGCUCCUUCAUAGAGAUGUAUAUGAUUGAGAGCCGUUGUUUAGAUAUCCCUAUUUUCCUACCCAUAGCGUAGUAGUCAACUUACCUCUUUAAUAACAAUAUAUGCUUCGAAUAGUGACAAUAGGAUUGCUCGGUUACAUCCCCCAUUCAAGAUACCUCAAAUCAACAUUUUACCAUUUCAGUAUUCUGAAAGCCCUAGGUAUUGGAGACAGUGUUUGUCAAGACAGAAAAGGAGAAUGUGGGAUAUCAAAAUGAGAAUGUGAACGGUGGAGGAUGCAGAGGCACCAUUGCAUCCACUGGAUGAGUGAAGGAUUUGUCACUCGAAAGGACAUCGUCAGUGGAAGGAGUAGAAAAGGAAGCCUGAAACAUACAAAAACAAAAAAUCACAAGGAAAAUUUUAUACGAUUUUCCCAUAUAUCAUUCCCGAAAAUCUAAACUGUAGAUAGAACUUUCUUUUCCUUAAUCCUUUAGUCUAGUCUUACACAUGUGUCUGUGAAAUAAAGUUCCUUCUUCCUAUUUCAUGUACCUUUUGGUGCCUGUCUCUGUGUUUUUUUUCGUUGUUAAUAUCUCCUGUUGGGUGCAAUUGUUUGUCAUACGUUCUAAUGUUACUGUAGGUGAAAAUGACGGCACAAUGGACAUGAUGUUACCAUCUGCAAGAUGUGAUCUGGAGUUUAUAAUAAAAGAUACAUUAAU